GAAAAAGACAACUCAUUCACAGUCUUGACGCGGACCACGCGCCUACCGUACGAUAUAGUCGGGGCCUCAGCCCUCAGAGCCGCUGAUAAGCAACUCAACGAUCUACGCCCGAUCGUACGCAAACAACGUUGUUCGUCGGAGUGGAUGCUGCGCCGAUCAUCAUCAUCGUCGGUACCAUAAUCACGCUACUGGAAGAAAAAGGAAAGCUAUAGGGCUUCGGAAGAACAGACUCACGGCGCAAAGCAGAUCAAUUGAAUAAUCGUCGGGUUUAUAGUUGUGUGCGUGCAUUGCGCGAAGGUUGGCUGAGAAAGCUCGAGAGCUACAAGAGGCAGCCGCACGUCUUCCAACAGAUACAGUUGCAGUUGAACGUUCGGUCAGUGAAGAAGGUAACCUAGGCGAAGGUUCCCUCAGCCGCGAAGGGCUUAAAGGUUAACAAAAGUUCUGAGUGAGUGAAAGUGUGUGCGGGUUUUUUAACUUAUUCGUGAUUUAAAAGUUGGUUCACCGAAACGAUGGCUAAAGUUCCGUGCGCGAUGGUGAUGGUGUUGUCCGUUGCCGUGCUAACCUGUCUGGCCGGUAUGGUGCAGGGUCAUACGUACAAAACCGGUGACUGUCCGACGGUUGAACCGAUGAGCGGUUUCAGUAUGAAGCAGUUUCUCGGCAUCUGGUACGUGAUACAGAAGACUGGCACCGCCUCUACCUGCGUGAUCUACAACAUCACCAAGAACGCGGACACACCGGACGAGUACUUUAUCGAGCAGAUCUCCCAAAAGGCACCACUGUCGAUCGCACCCAUCAAGCACGAGUACUCGUACACCGGCAAGCUUACCGUCACCGACCGGGACGUGCCGGCCCGGAUGACCGUACGGUUUCCGCUCAGCGUAGCCGGUUCCGCAAAGUUUGUCGUUUUCAUGACCGACUACGAAACGUACGCUGGGGUGUUCUCCUGCCAGAAGAUACCGUUCGGCCAUCGGCAGAGUGCGACCCUGCUGUCCCGAACGCGCGAUUUGGAUAAAAUCUACGUCGACAAGAUCCGCUCCCGGUUGGGCUCGUACUCGGUCGAUCCGUUCGAUCUGAGCAUCGUCAACCAGACCGGCUGUCCGAAGGAGGGUGAAGCCGGCUGGAACAUUCACAUCGAUCCGGACACCUUCUCGACGCGCAACAUUGCGAACGCGUUCCGGAAGGCGGGCGAAGCGAUCGGCGACGGUUUCGAGGCUGCGGUGAACGCCGGCAAAAAGAUCUACAAUAAGUACCGUGACGGAGAGAGUGACGAGGUGGAAGCCGAUGUGGCGGAAACUACCAACCGUUCCGAACGACUGAUUAAUGCCGCCGAAUGGUUGCCCUAGAUGGAUGGCAUCACUUUUUUUUCCUGCUUGCGCUAAUUAGUUUAAAUGGUGUUUCAAUAAAACAAAAACUCAAACUCCCCAGUGGGGGUUCUUUUGUAUCCCGUGAAAAAUUAUCA